ACGGAUCGAUCCAGCCCCUUCCAGAUCGUGCAUCAUCUAAAUCUUUCUUCUGAUAUUUUUCCUGGUUCUUGGUUUGGUGUGGGAGAGAUGGCCGACGUGGCGGCGAUAGAGGAGCGGAGGAUAGUGGUGGCGGUGGACGAGAGCGAGGAGAGCAUCUACGCCCUCCAAUGGUGCCUCCACAACCUCAUCCACUCCGCCGGAGAGGGAGCUACUGCUCGGAACACGCUCAUCCUUGUCUAUGCCCGGCCACCGCCUCCGGUGUACUCCCCGUUGGACGGCACCGGUUACUUGUUUUCUGAUGAGGUGACUGCAUCCAUAGACAAAUAUAGCAAAGACCUUGCAGUUUCGGUCAUGGAAAGAGCUCGGAAUAUCUGCAAGGACUACAGCAAUAUGAAGGUGGAGGAGAAGGUUUGUGUUGGAGACGCCAGAGAUGUGAUAUGUGAGAUGGCGCAGAAGCUGGGAGCUGACCUGUUGGUCAUGGGAAGUCAUGGCUAUGGUUUCAUUAAGAGGGCUUUUCUGGGGAGUGUCAGUGAUUACUGUGCUCGAAAUGCGAAGUGUCCGGUUCUGAUCGUGAAACGCCCGACAAAAUAAAGUUCUUCCUGCUUUGCUGCAUCUUUGCGAAACUUGUAACCAAAUAAUCCAGUGAGGGCAAUGCGACAAUAGUUGGAGAUUUGUAGUGAUGUACAGCUGCUGAGUUUAAUUCACCUACUUUGAGAGCAAUAAUAUCUGUAAAUAGAACUUACCAGAUCCAACUUGACCGCUUUCUUAAAUGCAAGCAUUUCUUAUAUUGUUCGCC